GGCAGCGGGACCGGGGGAGGUUGCUGCAGUUCGGAGCCCAAUGGUGCGGGGCCUCGGCCAGGCCGCAGAAGGAACCCGAGGCCCGGGCCGCUCCGCCUGACCGCGCGGGCCCGCGCCGCCCGGAGCCGCCACCGCCCGUCGGGACCCGCCGGGGCGCGGGCCGGCCCGCCAUGGGGUCCCUGUUCCGGAGCGAGAGCAUGUGCCUGGCUCAGCUCUUCCUGCAGUCGGGCACGGCCUACGAGUGCCUGAGUGCGCUGGGCGAGAAGGGCCUGGUUCAGUUCCGAGACCUCAACCAGAAUGUAAGUUCUUUCCAAAGAAAAUUUGUUGGUGAGGUGAAGAGGUGUGAAGAGCUAGAGCGAAUAUUGGCGUACCUGGCGCAGGAGAUUAGCAGAGCUGACAUUCCCCUUCCCGAGGGAGAGACCAGCCCUCCUGCUCCGCCUCUCAAGCAGGUUCUAGAGAUGCAGGAGCAGCUGCAGAAGCUUGAGGUGGAGCUGAGGGAGGUCACGAAGAACAAGGAGAAGCUGAGGAAGAACCUGCUCGAGCUGGUCGAGUACACCCACAUGCUGAGAGUGACGAGAGCCUUCGUCCGGCGGAACGUGGAGUUUGAACCCACAUAUGAAGAGUUCCCCGCCUUGGACAGCGACUCCUUGUUGGACUACAGCUCCAUGCAGCGGCUGGGAGCGAAGCUGGGAUUUGUAUCCGGUCUCAUUAACCAAGGGAAAGUCGAAGCAUUUGAAAGGAUGCUGUGGAGGGCGUGCAAAGGGUACACCAUCGUGACCUGUGCAGAGCUGGACGAGCCCCUCGAAGACCCCGAGACGGGGGAAGUCAUGAAAUGGUACGUGUUUCUGAUAUCCUUCUGGGGAGAACAGAUUGGCCACAAGGUUAAGAAGAUAUGUGACUGCUACCACUGCCACGUCUACCCCUACCCGAGCACUGCCGAGGAGCGCAGGGAGAUCCAGGAGGGGCUGAACACCCGGAUCCAGGACCUGUACACUGUGCUUCACAAAACCGAGGAUUAUUUAAGGCAAGUGCUGUGCAAGGCCGCCGAGUCGGUCUACACCCGCGCCAUCCAGGUGAAGAAAAUGAAAGCCAUUUACCACAUGCUGAACAUGUGCAGCUUCGACGUGACGAACAAGUGCCUCAUCGCCGAGGUCUGGUGCCCCGAGGCCGACCUGCAGGGCCUGCGCCGCGCGCUCGAGGACGGGUCGAGAGAGAGCGGCGCCACCAUCCCCUCAUUUAUGAACACCAUCCCGACAAAGGAAACCCCCCCCACGCUCAUCCGCACCAACAAAUUCACCGAGGGCUUUCAGAACAUCGUGGACGCCUACGGAGUGGGCAGCUACCGGGAGGUGAACCCAGCGCUCUUCACCACCGUCACGUUCCCCUUCCUCUUCGCCGUGAUGUUCGGGGACUUCGGGCACGGCUUCGUGAUGUUCUUGUUCGCCCUGCUGCUCGUGUUGAAUGAAAACCACCCGAGACUGACUCAGUCGCAGGAGAUCAUGCGCAUGUUCUUCAACGGCCGCUACAUCCUCCUGCUGAUGGGGCUCUUCUCGGUGUACACGGGCCUCAUCUACAACGACUGCUUCUCCAAGUCCGUCAACCUCUUCGGCUCCGGGUGGAACGUGUCUGCCAUGUACAGCGCCAGCCACGCGGCCACCGAGCACAGCAGGAUGACGCUUUGGAACGACAGCGUGGUCAAGCACAGCAGGGUCUUGCAGUUGGACCCCAGCGUCCCCGGCGUGUUCCAGGGCCCGUACCCCUUCGGCGUCGACCCCAUUUGGAACUUGGCCACAAAUCGCCUCACUUUCCUAAACUCUUUCAAGAUGAAAAUGUCCGUGAUUUUAGGAAUUAUUCACAUGACAUUUGGAGUCAUUCUGGGAAUAUUUAACCACUUGCAUUUCAGGAAGAAGUUCAACAUCUACCUGGUCUCCGUCCCAGAACUGCUGUUCAUGCUCUGCAUAUUCGGGUACCUGGUCUUCAUGAUCUUCUACAAGUGGCUGGCGUACUCCGCGGAGACCUCCAGGGCCGCUCCCAGCAUCCUGAUCGAGUUCAUCAACAUGUUUUUGUUCCCGGGAAGUGAGACAAGCGGCCUUUACGCGGGCCAGGAGCACGUCCAGAGGCUGCUGCUGGCUGUCACCGCCUUGUCUGUGCCCGUCCUCUUCUUGGGGAAACCCCUCUUCCUGCUGUGGCUGCACAACGGGCGCAGCUGCUUCGGGGUCAGCAGGAGCGGGUACACGCUCGUGCGGAAAGACAGUGAGGAAGAAGUGUCCUUGCUGGGAAGCCAAGACGUCGAAGAGGGGAGCAACCGCAUGGAAGACGGGUGCAGGGAGGUGACGAGUGAGGAGUUUAAUUUUGGAGAAAUAUUGAUGACCCAAGCGAUCCAUUCCAUCGAGUACUGCCUGGGCUGCAUCUCCAACACUGCGUCCUACCUGCGGCUCUGGGCCCUCAGCCUGGCCCACGCACAGCUGUCCGACGUCCUGUGGGCCAUGCUGAUGCGCGUGGGCCUGCGGGUAGACACGACCUACGGGGUCCUGCUGCUGCUCCCAGUCAUCGCGCUCUUCGCCGUUUUGACCAUUUUCAUCCUUUUGAUCAUGGAAGGGCUUUCUGCAUUCCUUCACGCCAUACGCCUCCACUGGGUAGAAUUUCAGAACAAAUUCUACGUUGGUGCAGGCACCAAAUUUGUUCCUUUCUCCUUCAGACGCCUUUCAUGGAAGUUCAGUGACGACGUGGCCUGAUUGUAGUGUUGUGUCCAACCAGCUUUCAGAUGGAUGGAGAAUUAUCAUGUUGUAGAAAUUCACUCAUGUCAAAUUUAUGAUAGGAAAAAUUCUGUCUUCAUUGAUUGCCUUAUGAUAUAGCCAAAUAAUUGUGUAAGAUAUACCUCUUCCUCAUGCUGAAUAUUUUGUAAAGUUUAUCACUUUUAGAUAUAUAAAUUUAUUUCAGUUUUUAUGACGAGCAAAUAUAAGUUAAUGCCAAAAGUUAUGUUAAAGUUAUUUUUUAAAAUACAGACUUGGGGGAGAAAAGUCCAUUUUGAAUGGCUAAUUGAAAAUGGUCUUAGAUACUUAAUUCCUUUUCAUCUUAUUAAACAAACAGACAGACAGAGUGACAGUGUCACCUGAGAUCAGAUGACAUUUUCCAGCAGCUGAAGUGGAGUUUUUUAAAAACUUGAAUGAUGGAUAAUCAAGACACAUUCUGCUUGACUAGAAGUACAUGGACAUUUUUUAUUGUAUGCUCUCUAGAAUUACGAGCAGGAGAUGGUUUCUACAAUCUUUGCCUUGUUUUAUAAUUGGGGAAAAUGGGAUAAUAUAACCUACAACAAGUGGUUAUCCUACUUGUAUAUUUUUUUAAAGGCCCCUCACCCUGUUAUCCCUGCAUAAAACCGAUUACGGUGAUUACCUUGGGAAGGCAGCGGUGUCCUGAGCCUUGCCGCGCGGUGCGACUGUCGAAGGUGCCCCGGAGACACGGUUCGAACUUAAGUGACCAGCUUGGCUGAUGAAAUGGCACCAAGAGGGGUUUCUACAGAGUGAAGGAAAGGAAAAAGUAGUCUUUUGUGUCAUUUUAUAACAAAAUGUAAAUUAUUUUAUCAUGAAGAGAUUGAACCUUGCCCUUGAGAACAGCACGUUGCUAAUUUUUUUUACCUUCAGUCUAAGUCUAAAUAAAGGUCUGGUUAAGGCAUUUAGAGUUAAACUUUGAAUACUAUUUAGAUCAGUUGAAAACUAAUUCUUAGCCCUUAAUUUAUAAUCUUUAAAUUGAUCUGCUCACUUGACAUUUAGUUUUGAAUGAAUGUCAGUCCUAUUGAACAUUUUGAUCUGUCUUGUAAAUUAUGUUCAUUUUUUAUAUUUUACUCUGAUUUUAGAUAAUUACUUUCAGAAAGAAAUCCUGCAGUAUUUUCACUUUCUCACUCUUUCUAUGACAUUCGUUUGCCACCAUUUCCUUGGCCCCCGGUGGCGGGAGAGCUUGGAGUUGUCUUCACAAGCUAAGACAUUGCUGGCACUGAACUCAAGCCUCUCCCUCCAGGUAAUUUCAGGGCCUGUGUGUGGGGGGCAUGACCCUGCAUCACGACAGAACGGUGACUCUUAACACGAAGCCUUUGCACACAUGGUAAAGAUCCCACGCUGCACCCCCACGACCUGCUACCAAAGCGAGCCCACAGUUCCUGGGUUCUGUGCCUGCGAUGAAAAUAGCAAAUGUAAAAGGGCACUGAUGAAACUCCUGAAAGUGACUCUGCCCCCGAGGGUCCCCCAGAGGGCUGGGCACUUUGCGGUGAGUCCAGGGCCUGAGGGUGCCGUCCGGGUUCCUAGCUUGUCCCUCCCAGGCUGCCGUGUUUUACCACUUUACUCCAAGGGUCUGUUGUAAAAUGUAGCUAACUCAUCCCUCAGGAAGUCACGAUUUCCGGGCACUAUUAACUGACUAGGAAACGAGACAAACAGUGUUUGCUGGAAUUCUUUACGCCCCUGCUGCUAAUUGUCUCGGGAGCCACUUUUAUACUCUAAUGGACACCUCUUAUCAGGAGAUAGAACAGAGAAUGAUGGGUCAUUUUUUCCAUUGAAACUGUGCAGAAUGUAACUAUAAAAAAUUAACAGCCCUAAGAGAACUUUCUAGAAAUCCAGUUUGAUGGUAUCUUUUAGGCACUGGUGGAAAUUUUACUUCUCUACAAAGCUAUUGGUUCCAGUGUCAUGUUACCAGAGCAGCCGCUUUGUUUUGCUUUUAAGCCUUUGGUAGAACUAUUACGUAAACAAUAUUUAAGGCAGACUUUAUUCUCUUGAUAGCAGGUAUCAAGAAAAAAAAGGUUGUCUAGAUGAUGCUAAAUAUGUUUACUUUCCUAAAGAGAAAUGUCAUGAUGACCACAUUUUCCAGUUUUUUUUGUGUGUGUUAAUUGGGUCCUAAAAUAAAACCCCAAGCGAUUUCUCAAGUGAAAUAGAACUUGGUGUCAUCCUGCAAGGCGAUGGAACCGUGGUCCCUGAGGAAGUGCAAGCCUCUCUGAGUGGGUCACCGUGAGCCCGGUGGCCUUUCUGUUCGCGGUGGGUGCGGCCUUGGAAAGGCUCCCCUUUCGCGGGAUACCCCUCGGCCUCCAUUACUGGGAUGGGUAAUUCAAAACACCGUUCUGGUCUCAGUUUUCAAUCUGUAAUUGUUUACUAGUCAUAGAAUACAGCAUGGGUAGCUCUUAAUGGACAUUUUAGGACCUUGUUCAUUUUGGAAAACAAUUACUUCAACAGCUGUUUUACGGUCUGCAUUUAAAAAACAAUAAAUUUCUUAAUUAAAAUUUUAAAGCCAGGUUUGCUUGCAUGCCAUCUGAUAUAUCUCCAGCAAGACUAUUGAGAAAUCUUAAUGCAAGAUAAUGAAAACAAGGCAGUUCUCAGUGGUAGUUUCCCAACAGCCAGGCCCCUGAUGCUGAGCUUUGGAUUAAAAUGUCAAGAAACACUUAGAACUUGCAGCGUAUUUCUUACAGGGAAAAUGGAAAUCUAGGGGCUCCGCUCUCUGUGAGGGGAAACCGUGAAAAAGUUCAAGCUCCCCAAAUGCAUGAAAGCAUGAAAGGACAAAUUUGCAUCUUCCUAUCAGUAUUGAACUUUUUACUGAUGAACAAUAAAUAUAU